CGAGCCCGCCCACCGCCCGCUCCUCCCUCCGCGAUGCGAGCUGGGGGCUCCCACCGCCGGCCACUUUGCCCCUGGGGGGACCGAGCAGCUUUGUUCUUGGGCAGCAGCUGGGCUGGCUGCCGCCGCUGCACUUCUCCCGGAGGACCUGUGUCCCCUCUCCUUAUGUGUGUGUUUUUCCAGCACUUUCUGUUUUAUUUUCCAAGUUCCAAGCCUUACCUUUUUGCUUUAUUUCUUUAGUUAUUGGUUUUAAAACUAGCUCUUUCUAGGCACCCGUGCCCCCAGACUUAUUACAAGCCUUAUCUCAAGACUGAGAUUGCUAGAUCUUUUUUUGGUGGGGGGCAGAGUGAGAGGGGUCGCUGGCCUGUGACCCCUCCACCCCCCAGAAGGGGGCCGCCUGGGGCUGGCUCCUUCGAGGACACUGCUUCCGGUGAAUUCCUGCCCUGGACUGGAACCCUAGCUGGCAUCGUUUUCAGCUUCUGCCCUGGCGGGGUAUGUUCCCGUAGAGCCUGGUGCCGCCUCCUCCUGGCCGAGAGAUGCGUGUUCCCACGCGCGGGAGAGCCGUGGCCUGCCUCCUGUGGCUGCUGUUGCUGUGGAGCGGGGACGGCGGCUGUCGGGCCCAGAGGGCAGGCUGCAAGACCGUGCACUACGACCUGGUCUUCCUCUUGGACACCUCCUCCAGCGUGGGCAAGGAGGACUUUGAGAAGGUGCGGCAGUGGGUGGCCAACCUGGUGGACACCUUCGAGGUGGGUCCCGAGCGCACCCGCGUGGGCGUGGUGCGCUACAGCGACCGGCCGGCCACGGCCUUCGAGCUGGGCCUCUUUGGCUCACGGGAGGAGGUCAAGGCGGCGGCGCGGCACCUGGCCUACCACGGCGGCAACACCAACACGGGCGACGCGCUGCGCUUCAUCACGCGCCACAGCUUCUCGCCGCAGGCCGGCGGCCGCCCCGGGGACCGCGCCUUCAAGCAGGUGGCCAUCCUCCUGACCGACGGCCGCAGCCAGGACCUGGUGAUGGACGCCGCGGCCGCCGCCCACCGCGCCGGCAUCCGCAUCUUCGCCGUGGGCGUCGGGGCGGCGCUCAGGGAGGAGCUGGAGGAGAUCGCCUCGGAGCCCAAGUCCGCACACGUCUUCCACGUGUCCGACUUCAAUGCCAUCGACAAGAUCCGCGGCAAGCUGAGGCGCCGCCUGUGCGAAAAUGUGCUGUGCCCCAGCGUCCGUGUGCAAGGAGACCGAUUUAAGCACACCAAUGGCGACAGCAAGGAAAUCACAGGUUUUGACCUGAUGGAUUUGUUCCGUGUGAAGGAGAUCCUGGGGAAGAGAGACAACGGAGCGCAGAGUUCCUAUGUCCGGAUGGGAUCCUUCCCUGUGGUGCAGAGGACAGAGGAUGUGUUCACACAAGGUUUGCCUGAUGAGUAUGCCUUCGUCACCACCUUCCGGUUCAGGAAAACGUCUCGGAAAGAAGACUGGUACAUCUGGCAGGUCAUUGACCAGUACGGGAUCCCACAGGUCUCCAUCCGGCUGGAUGGCGAGAACAAGGCAGUGGAGUACGAUGCCGUGGGCGCCAUGAAGGACGCCGUGAGGGUGGUGUUCCAAGGCCCCCGGGUCAGUGACCUCUUUGACCGGGACUGGCACAAGAUCGCCCUGAGCAUCCAGGCCCAGAACGUCUCCCUGUACAUCGACUGUGUGCUGGUGCAGACGCUGCCCAUCGAGGAGCGGGAGAACAUCGACAUCCAGGGCAAGACCGUGAUCGGCAAGCGCCUGUAUGACAGCGUGCCCAUCGACUUUGACCUGCAGCGGAUUGUGAUUUACUGUGACUCCCGACACGCGGAAUUGGAGACUUGCUGUGACAUCCCCUCAGGCCCGUGCCAGGUGACUGUGCUAACGGAGCCUUCGCCCCCGCCCCAGCGGCCUCCCACCGUGGGCAGUGAACAAAUCGGGUUUUUGAAGACCAUCAACUGCUCCUGCCCGGCUGGAGAAAAGGGCGAGAAGGGGUCCGAUGGUCCCGUGGGACUCCCCGGCCCAAAGGGAGACACGGGAGCCACUGGGUUGGCUGGAGCUCCUGGACCCAAGGGAGAAAAAGGUGACGUGGGCAGGGGGCCUUUUGUCCAUGGAGAGAAGGGUGAAAAGGGUUCCCUGGGCCUGCCCGGUCCCCCUGGGAGAGACGGCAGCAAAGGCAUGCGGGGGGAGCCGGGAGAGCCGGGGCUUCCUGGAGAGGUGGGAAUGCGGGGAUUCCAAGGACCACCUGGACCCCCCGGGCCUCCUGGACACGUUGGAGCUCCUGGUCUCCAAGGAGAACGAGGUGAAAAGGGAGCCCGAGGAGAAAAGGGGGAGCGAGGCCUGGAUGGAUUCCCUGGGAAGCGUGGGGAGACGGGAGAGCAGGGAAGACCUGGCCCUCCUGGCGUGGCAGGGCCCCAGGGAGAGAAGGGUGACGUGGGGCCUGCAGGACCUCCUGGGGUACCGGGCUCUGUGGUGCAGAGAGAGGGCCUGAAGGGCGAGCAGGGAGCUCCAGGACCACGAGGCCACCAGGGCCCACCCGGGCCACCAGGAGCUCCGGGUCUGAUGGGUCCCGGAGGCAAGGCUGGACCUCCUGGUUUGCAAGGUCUCCGGGGGAAGAAAGGAGAAGUGGGCCUGCCGGGAACCCCUGGAUUGCUGGGGCCGCAGGGCCCUCCAGGACCACCUGGCGUCCCCGGUCCCCCUGGACCCGGAGGCCCCCCGGGUUUACCUGGAGAGAUCGGCUUCCCAGGAAAACCUGGGCACCCUGGGCAGGCGGGCCCACCUGGGAAGGACGGGCAGAAUGGAGCCCCAGGCCUGCCGGGACCCAAGGGGCAGCCAGGAGAGAGAGGGGAAGACGGUCUGCCUGGAAAACCCGGCCCCAGGGGUGAAGUUGGGGAGCAGGGCCUGGCAGGCCGACCUGGAGACAAGGGAGAGGCAGGUGUCCCUGGUGCUCCAGGAUUUCCAGGUGUGCGGGGACAGAAAGGAGAGCAGGGCGAGAAAGGGGAGCUGGGCCUCCCAGGCCUGAAAGGUGACCCAGGCAAAAAGGGUGAAGUUGGUCCUCCCGGCCCCCCUGGGUUACCUGGAACGACGCCCCUGUUCACGCCUCACCCCAGGAUGCCAGGAGAACGAGGGCCGAAAGGAGAGAAGGGUGAUCCCGGCAUGCCUGGCGAGCCGGGAUCUCAAGGCCGUCCUGGAGAACUGGGCCCUCGGGGACCCAUCGGAGCGCCGGGUGCCAAGGGACAAGAAGGCCCCCGGGGGGCACCUGGAGCGGCUGGAAACCCUGGGACUCCUGGAGCUGCAGGCCUGCCUGGUGCCAGCGGCCCCCCAGGAAGCGCGGGCCCACCUGGCAUCAGAGGCCCCCCUGGAAAAGAUGGGGAGCACGGUGAGAAGGGAGCAGCAGGUGAAGAAGGGAGUCCAGGACCAGCUGGUCCCAGAGGUGAUCCCGGUGCUCCCGGGCUCCCAGGGAUACCCGGACAGGGAAAAGAUGGAGAGCCGGGGCUUCGUGGGCCACCCGGAUUACCUGGACCUCUAGGAACCAAGGGGGACCGAGGUGCACCUGGGAUCCCUGGCUCCCCUGGCAACCGUGGCGACCCAGGCAUCGGGUUGGCUGGCCCUCCUGGACCCUCUGGACCACCAGGAGACAAAGGGCCCCCGGGAUCCCGAGGCUUACCCGGAUUCCCCGGCCCCCAGGGACCAGCUGGCCAGGACGGUGUACCAGGAAAUCCAGGAGAAAGAGGGCCUCCUGGCAAACCAGGGCCUUCUUCUCUACUGUCUCCAGGGGACAUAAAUCUCUUGGUCAAGGAUGUGUGCAAUGACUGCCCUCCAGGCCCCCCGGGCCUUCCUGGUCUGCCAGGUUUUAAAGGGGACAAAGGUCUCCAGGGAAAGCCAGGGAGAGAAGGCACAGAAGGGAAAAAGGGAGAUGCUGGGCCCAGGGGCCUCCCAGGGCCUCCAGGAAUCGCUGGACCACAGGGAAGUAAAGGAGAGCGGGGUGCAGCUGGUGAAGCUGGACAGAAAGGUGACCAGGGUCAUCCUGGCGUUCCUGGUUUCAUGGGACCCCCCGGGAACCCUGGGCCACGGGGAGCGGAUGGCGUUGCUGGGGCCGCUGGACCUCCAGGGAUCCAAGGGCCGCCGGGGAAAGAAGGUCCUCCUGGCCCCGAAGGCCCUUCUGGGUUGCCCGGAAUCCCGGGAGAAGAAGGCAAAGAGGGCAGAGAUGGAAAACCAGGUCCCCCCGGGGAGCCGGGCAAAACUGGAGACCCGGGUCUACCAGGACCAGAGGGAGCCCGUGGCCUGCCUGGCUUCAAGGGACACACAGGCGACUCUGGUGCACCGGGCCCCCGGGGAGAGCCUGGUGCCAUGGGGCCCCCUGGCCGGGAAGGGUCGCCAGGAAAAGAUGGUGACACUGGACCCACAGGGCCACAGGGUCCCCCAGGACUAAGGGGCCCACCGGGUAAGAAUGGAUCACCGGGAUCUCCAGGAGACCCUGGCCCUGCAGGAAGCCCUGGCCAGAAGGGGAACAAAGGAGACCACGGCAGCCCGGGACUCCCCGGCUUUCUGGGUCCCCGGGGGCCUCAGGGGGAGCCAGGAGAGAAGGGCAUCCCAGGCAAGGAGGGCGCCCCCGGGAAGCCCGGAGAGCCAGGACCCAAAGGAGAAAGGGGAGACCCCGGGAACAAAGGUGACAAAGGACCCCCUGGUGGGAAGGGCCAGCCUGGGGACCCUGGAAUCCCCGGUCACAAAGGCCACACAGGCCUGAUGGGCCCCCAAGGACCACCUGGGGAGAAUGGACUGGCCGGGCCCCCGGGGCCUCCGGGACAGCCAGGAUUUCCAGGACUGAGGGGGGAGUCUCCCUCCAUGGACACCCUGCGGCGGCUCAUCCAAGAAGAGCUUGAGAAACAGCUGGAAACCAAACUUGCCUACCUCCUGGCCCAGAGGCCGCCGGCACAGAUGAAGUCAUCUCAAGGCAGACCUGGGCCCCCGGGACCCCCUGGAAAAGAUGGGCUUCCAGGAAGGGCAGGCCCCAUGGGCGAGCCAGGGCGGCCCGGACAGGGGGGUCUGGAAGGGCCGUCUGGACCAAUAGGUCCCAAAGGUGAGCGAGGAGCCAAAGGAGACCCGGGUGCACCUGGAGUUGGCCUCCGAGGGGAGAUGGGGCCGCCGGGCAUCCCAGGUCAGCCCGGGGAACCUGGCUAUGCUAAAGAUGGGCUCCCCGGGGCCCCCGGCCCUCAAGGGGAGACGGGACCAGCGGGACACCCUGGCCCCCCUGGCCCGCCGGGGCCCCCUGGCCAGUGUGACCCCUCCCAGUGUGCCUACUUCGCCAGCCUCGCUGCCCGGCCAGGGAAUGUGAAGGGCCCCUAGAAGAUUCCGGAAUGCCAGGAGGUGGCACUGAAUUUCUGAAACUUGAACUCAAAGCCUGAUAAGAAGCCAGAGGUCUUGAAACAUUACAGUCACGUGUUUUCUUUUUUCUUUUUUUUGUCUUGCUUUUAUCAUUUGUUUUGUCUUAUUUUCUUGAAAGACCUCAACAUUAUUAAAACCAAGAGAUGCUGCCGGUCGGUCAGAUUAUUAUUAAUAUUAUUAUUGUUUAUUAUUAUUAUUAUUGUUAUUAUUAUUUCAUGCAAUAAUGCUCCACGAGUUUUCCCCUCUCCUCCGAAGCUGGGAGAACUUGAUUGUGGGGCAGCGGGUUGUUUCUGGGUUCUUCCGACAGCCCCCGUCUGGAGUGGACCUGCCCAUCUUGAGGAGACUCUUGGUGCUAUGACACCCUGACCAGACAUUUGCCAGAUUUACCUCUUUCCUCACAAGGAAACUAGGAAAGUUACGGCAGUGGGCUUCCAUUCUCCGCCACGCCCAGGAGAGACACGUGAAGCAGGAGGAGAAAGAGCGUGCAGACACGAAGGACGUUCUCCCCUCCCGCGGGGAAGUGCACUUGGAGAGCACAGGCUCAGUCCUUAGGGAGCAGACACGGCCACCUCAGUGCUUCAGGCUCGAGGACGCAAAAUCACGGCACUUGACUUGGCAAAGGCUCCUUGGGAUCCUGUGUGGGGGCCGAAGACCGGAAAGCCGAUGUGAAGCCGUGGACGGGACUCCUUCCAGCUCCUCAGUGUUGGUUCCACUCACUUGAAUUGUAAAGUAAGGGGGUCCGGUGGCCACUGCCGUGAUUUCCGGACGGUGGGCUGGCCGGGGGUGGGACAUCUGUGCCUCCAGGGUUCUGCCUCGGAAAUAAAGCGCAUUAGGUGUGUGUGUGUGUGUGUGUGUGUGUGUGUGUGUGUGUGUGUGUAUACCUGACAGGUGCUCAAUAAAUCUGAGUUUCCUCUUCGGCCCUGCA